AUGGCGAAAAGUGAGAAGAAUGAAAAAUCAAAAUUAACAGAAGAUCAGGUCGAUGAAUUGAAGGAAGCUUUUGCUAUCUAUGACCUCGACAAAGAUGGUUUGAUAACUACACGUGAGCUAGGAACAGUUUUACGACAAUUGGGUCAAAACCCAACUGAAGCGGAAAUUCUAGAUAUGAUCAAAGACAUUGACAAAGAUAGCACAGCAACAAUUAGCUUCAAAGAGUUUACCAUGCUAAUGGAAAAUAGAAUGAAUAUUGCUACAGACCCCGACGAUAUUCUCGAUGCUUUCAAUGUGUUUGAUGUCAAUGGAAAUGGUUUGAUUUCAGCUAAUGAGUUACGUCAUGUUGCGACAAAUUUAGGUGAAAAAUUAACAGAAGAUGAAGCAAAUGAAAUGAUUCGUGCAGCAGACGUGGAUGGCGAUGGAUUCAUUAAUUAUAAAGAUUUCAUUAAUUUGAUGAAAUAA